AUGGCUGCCCCGUGCGAAGGCGGAGACUUGGAGGAUCCGGGAGGGUCACCGGCCAGCAUGGCAGCCGUCCCCCCUCCCACCAUCUACAAAAUCCGAGUGGCCACCGGCAACUAUCUCUUGGGUGGCACCAUGGACAACAUCUCCAUCUCCUUGGUGGGCACCCACGGCGAGACCCCCAAGUUCCAGCUGGAUAAAUUUGGCAAAGAUUUCUCUCCAGGAAAAGAAGGCCGAAUCUUCCUCAUCGACUGCCAGAUCCUGGAGGGCAUCCCGGCCACCACACUCAACGGGUCCCCCCAGUACGUCUCGGCUCCUCUCUGCCUCCUCCACCUCAACCCCUGGGGGGAGAUGAUGCCCGUUGCAAUUCAGUUGACUCAGCAGCCUGGACCAAGGAGCCCCAUUUUCCUCCCCACGGAUUCGGAGUGGGAAUGGGCGCUGGCCAAGUUUUGGGUUCGCAACAGCACACUCUACAUCCAUGAGCUCCUGGCCCACCUGCUUCAUACUCACCUGCUGGUGGAGGUCUUCCUGCUGGCCACCCUCCGGCAGCUUCCCAAGUGCCACCCAGUCCACAAGCUCUUAAUCCCACACUUUCGCUACACACUGCACAUCAACAUCCUUGGCCGGACGCACCUCCUGGCCCCCAACGGGAUGCUGGACAAGAUGAUAGGCACAGGUUUCCAGGGUCUGUCGCAACUGGUGGCCAGGGGUCUUUCUAAGCUGACCUACUCCAUGCUUUGCCUCCCUGACGACCUGCGGGACAGAGGAGUAGAUUCGUUGCCCAACUAUUACUACAAGGAGGACGGAUUGAAGCUCUGGAGUGCUAUAGAGAGUUUUGUGUCUGGAAUGAUCGGCCUUUACUAUCUGAGCGACGGAGCUGUGGAGAAAGAUAUGGAGCUACAGGCCUGGGUGGCUGAAAUCUUUGAGAAAUGUUUCCAUCAGCGGCAAUCCUCCGGUUUCCCCGCACAUCUUGGAACUGUGGCUGAGUUAACAAAGUAUCUGACCAUGAUAAUCUUCACCUGUUCAGCCCGCCAUGCCAGUGUCAACAAUAGCCAGUUUGAUUUCGGAGCCUGGAUGCCCAACUACCCUUCCACCAUGAGAAGGCCUCCUCCAGAAUCCAAGGGCGGCAUGACUUUUGCCGACAUCCUGGAAACCUUGCCAGAUGUCAGCACGAGCUGCCAGAUGUUGCUCAUCUUGUGGCUUCUCAGCCGAGAGCGAGGAGAUAAGAGAUCUCUGGGUUACUACCCUGACGAACAUUUCACUGAGGAAGGCCCAAAGAAGGUCAUCGCCACUUUCCAAAAACAUCUGGGCAAGAUCUCUCAGGAAAUCGAGGAGAGAAAUCGACGACUUCCGCUGCCGUACAAUUAUCUCAACCCUCCUGAAGUAGAGAACAGCAUCUCCAUCUAA